UAAAUCAGCAGCAGGUCAAAAGGCAACUUAUCAAAUUUAGUAGAAUUUCAUUUCCAUACUGACUAAGCAGAGUAAAGAAACUCAGUGGAGCACAAUCUACCCAGGUUAAAUAAUACAAACAGAACUGGUUUUAUUGUUUGAACAUUUUCACCUCAACCACAAACAUCUGCAACUUAAAUCUACUUACUAUACUUACUUGUCUACUUUACUUGCACCUAACCCUCUGUUCAGUUCUUUGUUCAUUGCUGUAUUCUUGUUUAUUCUCAAUUGAAAUAUACUGUUCAAACAUGAAAUAAAUAUUGUGAAUAAGUUGUGAACCCAGUCUGUACACUACGCAGGCUAUGUGGAUAAAUAGCUCUCCAGGAAAUAAGGCCAGCAUAUACAAUCUAGCUGUGGAAAGCCAGAUCAGAUUUUCACUACAGACAUGAAAUGAAUCCCAAAGCAGUUUUUGCUUUUGUAAAGCAAACAGGAUUCUGUCCCCAGUAGAAGAAAAGUGACUGAUUCAUGUAUAAAACUUGGGGAACUGAAAAAGCUCCACAAUAGCAUUUUAAGAGCUUUGCUCUACAAAGGAUUUACAACGUUAUAAGACACCCAGUACUAUUCCUUUCCACAGCUACAUUUCCAUUCUUCUUUGGUAAAUUCUUAAAUACAUCAUAAGGCAGAUUCACAGUUUAACAUAACUCCCUUGACUUCAGUAAUUUCAAUAAUCUGGCAACAGAUUAAAAAUCUCUCUGCCAGGCAAACAGUCAUAGAUUUUGUAGGAUGUUUCACUCUCCAGAGAAUGUACCUGGGUUUCUUGGAAUGCCCUCGAUUUUCUGGUGCAUUCAUCAACCUUAAGAGCAUUUGAAAAGACUCCAGUGUGGCAGACUGCUCCCUUACUGAGUGUGAGGCUGGUGGAAUGAGGCAUUUUAAGUCCAGAAAGGCAGGUGUUUCCAGGCCAGUGUCUGGUUUUCCUCAAACUGAACAUUUGUGCUUUGAAUUUGUUCCCUGGGUGUAUUAUUGGACCUUAAAAAGAAGCGUUGUGUUGUUGCUGAGUCAGAAACAGUGCUCAAGAUGCUGGAAAAUGUCUGGUGUUUGUUCACACAUUUUCAGUCCUAAAAAAGGACUCAAGUGUUUCACACUCAAAACAAAAUGACCCCGGGAGCGUUUGUGUGCAUGCACAUGAAGUUGUGGGGUUUUUGUGGAGAAAGAAAGGUAAUGGCCAGUUAACAGGCGUUAAUGGAGAACUAGGAGAACACGCUGUGCUGCACUGCAGUCCAAGCAGCUGGAAGGUUACCAUACACUGACACACAUAUAAAAGAAGGUGUUGAUAAACUCUAGAUCAUCUUUAAAGUAAAUCAAAACCCAAGGGUAAUUUUGUCGAAGUACUGUAGAGGUACAUGACUAUUUUUUUCCCUAUAAAUAAGGAAACAAAAGGAAAGCUAUGCUAAUUGCUGGACAAACAAUCUUUUAUGUUGUAAAUAAUUUAUACCAGGCUGUAGAUGAGCAGAAUUUGCCCGAGGCAAAAAUGGAAAACAAGCUUUACAGAAUUCUAAAUCAGAAUAAUAGAUGUAUUGGUAUAGUUUCCUAGCUUGAACAACUUCACAGAACUGUGGCAGCUAUAAAACAAUUGCCACUCUUUAUAUUAUUAACAAUUGCUAAGUCAUCUCCAUUUUAAUCAGUCACUUCCUAAUAUCAAUGGAUGCACUCGCGUUUAGUCUCAGAAAGUCGGUAAUUUUUGAAAAACAAGAAUCAACAUAAAGUCAGAAUAUUCUUAACUCUGUGGUAUUUCUAACAUUUUGGAGACUUUUUCUAACAGAAAAACUUAUAAGCAUAAACACAGCAGUUUUGAUCAGUUGCUCAUCAGCUACUCUGAUUUUUAGGUCUGUUCAAGACAGUUUAUAUUUAAAUGCAAAUAUUUUGCAUAUAAAAUAGUUUGUAUACAAACACACUUUGAAGCUUCCAAGUGAAUUACUUGUAUGAAAAACAGAAUAUUUUCAAGAAGACGAUCAAUACUGGUAACUUUUAUAGUUUCCAAGAAAUUCCCCACCACAGAUCCACAGAAUUUCAUGAUUUUGUGAAAGUUCAAGAUUACUUUUCCCACUGUGUCUGUGGAGUUCAACAUUCUUUACUUCCUUUGGAAAUUUAAAACUUGGAGGUUUCUCAAAGGAACAGAUCACCACUCAUCUCCUCCUAUAUUUUUAUAAGUUGCUGUUUGCCCUGCAGAGUUAGAUACAGAUCACUGUGUUUUGGAUGUUUAUUACUGGAGUUAGAUGUGACUCCUCUGCAUGUAACCUCAAAUGAACAGCAGUAUGAAUACAGGUUUGGAGAGCAGCAGUCCAAACAGAUAACAUUCGUACAGUAGCAACAGUAGCUUUAUUUUUCCUUGUGACCUUUAUAAUAAUUUCUACUGCUCCGAAUGCUCUGCCAUAAACAGUGUACUGGAGGGCAGAGAACACAAAAGUAGUUAGGACUAAGUUCACAACUAUAGUGAGGAUUAUGGGCAGUUCCAAGAAACAUUGUAAUUUUUUCCCCCUCAGAUAAUAAUUUGAUUGUUUGUACCUUUCAAAUUUUUACUUUCCUGUUUUAAAUUCUUGCCAUUAUUCACGACCUCCCUUUCAGAUACUGCAGUGUGUAUGAAACCCAUUAUACUUUCUGACAAAGCAUACAAACCUCCUGAAAAACCAUAGCUAAAUUAAAUAUUGUAAAUACAUGACAUUAAACACUCACCUACAUAUCCACAGAAAGCUCACAGGCCACAGAAGAUGUCAGGCAGGCAGAGAGCAAGAGGGUAACAAUAAAAUCGUAUUUUACCAGUAAAGCAGAAAGAUUCUGCUUUAUAGUAUUACUGCUAUAUAUAAUUCAUAUUAUAUCAGACUGUAGGACAUGGUAGGUUUCCAAAUGUCCAUUUCCCUCUGCAUUUUAGGGACUAGUGCAAUCUCUGGAACAAGGAUGGUCAGUUUGUCACUAAACACUUCAAGCUGAAUUAUACAUAUUAUCAGGUUUAUUGCUGUAAAGUUUUGCAAGCCCAAAAGAAGACAAGCACUUUGACUAAACCUAGUGCUGUCCAACAGAGGGCAAUGGUACAUAAUCCAUACAAUCCAUACUAUUGCUCUCCCUGACAAAGCCUCUGUUUCAACAGAGAAGCUGUGGCACAGUCAGAGAUCUGUGGGGACACCGGACACCAAGCAGUGCCAUUAUCAGCACAUCCACUGGAACUCAAAUGCCAUAAAACUUUAAAGUUUGAGCUAAAUCAGAUGAUACAGGAGGCAUUCAUACAGCACUGUUUAAUGAGUCCCACACAGAUAGUAGUUGAUUAUUCCUGACUUCAGCAGCACGGGGUGGUCAGAUCUCAUUAUCUUUUUUUACCAAUGGAGGAGAACAGGGAAUGGAAAGAAACACGUGCACUGCCCAGGGCUGUUGGGACAAUGGCAAUGCUGCACUUGGAUGGGGACAUUCCUGGCUCUUACCUUCACCUAUAAUCCACUGGCUAUUUAUAGCAGUCAUGCAUACUUCACAACCAGCACAAUUACAUUCUUACAGCUCAGAAAAGGAAGGGGAAGGAAGCUCCAGGUCCUUUGAAGAAACAAUCUAGUAAUUCAAGAGAUAGAUCAAGUUAUGGCCCAGACUGCCAGACAAAUUCACCAAAUCCCAUGAGAGAGAAUGUAAGGCUUUGGAGUUGUUUACUCAUAGUAACCACAGCUGAGUGAACAGAGAUUAACCUCAAAGGGCAGUAGAAGGAUUAGUUUAAAAUAUCAGAAUUAAAGGGGAGUCCACAUUUGCUUACCAUAACAGAAGCCCCUGUCUUCUCCCAUGUCACACGCUGGUCUCACCUGAAGUCCGUAACAAAGCAAACAAAACCCACCCAAAGGAACCAAAUCUUAAGUUCCCCCGUUAAAUCAUGAGCCUCCCCAUGAGCCAUUGCCAAAUCAUCACAGGCAAUGUCUUCAGUCUGAUGUCUGUUCCUAAGGAGCACACAUUGUUUCUGUAUCUGUCCGAACAGUAAUGUAAAACAUACACUCAGCUGCUACCAAGGGGAUCAACCCUGCCACUAAAGGGAAAAGAACAGCACAACCAUACUCAAAGGCACCACAUUAAGGCAUGUUCAUAUCAGGAGUCACUUCCAUUAACCUGUGGAAAAGGUGACACACAUGAAAAAUUAUGAAAGACGGUGCAAGAGUUUAUCUCGUGCCUCCUUGAAAACUGCUUUAAUAAGAAACUGUGAGUAAUUUAAAAAUAACUGAGCAAAACCUGACUAAUUUGCCACUUCUUUCUCAACAAAGUGGAGUUAACAAUUAACUUCUCCUUCUUAACUCAUGGCAUAACAAUAAAUGUAGAUAAAAUCAGUUUGCUGACACAGUGUUUAGAUGAACAAAAAGCUUAAAGAAAAAAAAUCUGUGCUAAUGUAUUAGCAAUACUAAUUUCUGGAAACAGAAAACUCUCGGAAAAGAGAGGCAGCAAGUACAUAACAGAAAGCAGCACAAGCACUGCCAAAGACUCUUCCUCGAACGCACAGUGGCAAGGAACAGCCCUAACACAGUGAACAAAAGUAGAGUCAGUCCGUGUGAUUACGUGUGCACCAGCUCCAGCCACUUCCAUGCAAGCCCCGAGGCACAGUCUCCGGGGGAAAGAGGAGGAAGCUGGCAUCAUUAAAAUGCGCUAUGCGCACAGCCAAAGUCACGCAGACUGCGCUGUUCCCAGCCUCCCUGCCACGCAGGCCCAAGUGAUCAUCUACUUGAAUGACAGCACUAAGUAGCUGUUUAAGUGAAGUUGUAAGAGUAAAUACAAUUCGGGGGGAAAAGCAAAAACAUUGGAUCUGUCAUCCCUAUUCACCAUCCAUGUCUCUUCUUUCCUAUUGGUCUAGAGCAUGGCUAUUUGUUCUAAAUCAAAUGUCAUACCAUAAAGAUAAAUAUUUCCCUAGGAAAAAUCCUACAGCCUUUUUAUUAAAGUGUGUACAUAAUAUAUGAUACAUAUCUUUUUUCCUAGUGCAAUAACACUGAAGAAUAACUUCUGUCAGAGUUUGGAUGAAAGGGAGUCCACAUUUCUGCAAAGUUUUACUCUUCAAAAAGCCAUAAGUCCCACACCAAUGACUUUUAUUCUUGCAGUGUGUUUUUUGAGGGGGAUGGAACUAUAAAGACAACUCCAGACCUUUGCCAACAAUAGUUUCUUGUACUUUUAGUUCUGUUCACUGUUCUAAGCAAAAGAGGAAUUUAGAAAAGCCAUUAAGCUGCAAAUGCUGGCAGCUUCUGUUUGAUUUGACAGAUAAGCUUUAUCUGAAUUAAGGCGUAUAAACGUGUUGGUACAGCAAGUGUUACUCCACUGGGCACAAAGCCCACAUUUAGGGCAGCUCGAGUAAUGGAGAAAUUCCUCAGGAGAGUAAGACACACAUGUACAAUCCCACAGUGCAUUCCCUUACAGUGCCAGGAGUUUUAAUUCCACAUCUGUAGGAUAUCAACAGUAAGAAUGGAAAAUAUCUAUGGCACGGCUGGACUCCUGUAAAGUGGAAAAUAUGAGAUGGUAGGAGUUUUGUUUUCUGCUAAUCAUCUAGCAAGACAUUAAUCAUGGAAUGCCUCCAAACACAGUGAAUCUGUGAAGAAAGAAACAGGAGCGACAACAUUAAGAGAAAAUACAGCACAUUUCAGGAGUGAAAUAUUCCUUCUCCCAUUUUAAAAUAAUUCUUCUUGGAAAGAUGGAAGUAUGGCUGAAAAUUUGGCCUUUGAUUCUUCAUAUUUAAGAGGAAGAUAUGAGUGGCUGGAGUGUUUGAUUCUAUAUAUAACUGGUUGAUGUCAGCUGGAUGCCAACCCCUUUGGAGAGGAUCUGCCCCCCAGUUUGUCUCAGUACUAGGUACCAUGCAGAUCCCAGCACAAGGGUACAAACAUCCAGGACCAGGCAGGUCAUCCCCAUGCAUAACUAACUUCUGAAGCCUCAGCUAAAGGGUUGACAUCGCUUUUUAUCUGCACAACAAAACAGUAGGCAAGGAAAAAUCGUAUCAGAAAAUCAGAAAAUGUUAUCAGAUUCUGCCCUGGCCAAAGAGAGGAAAGAGCAAGCAUCAGCCAUUAUGGAUGAAAUACACAGAAAUGUCUCCCCCAGCCUGAACCUUGGGAAGAAGGUCAGCACGCCCAGAGAUAUCAUGGUGGAGGAACUGUCGACGCUCAGCAACAGAGGGGCCAGGCUUUUCAAGCGACGACAGCGGAGAUCUGACAAGUACACAUAUGAAAAUUAUCAUUACGUGGCAAACAAGCCAAGAAAUCGUGGAGAGCCCAUCCAGGGCAUCAGAAUGGACGGCCUCAGCGUGGAAGGGAUCCCACAGCAUGCCCCAAUGACACCUCCCAACACACCUGACCCCCGGAGCCCUCCACACCCCGACAACAUCGCCCCAGGAUAUUCUGGACCACUGAAAGAAAUUCCUCCUGAAAAGUUCAACACUACUGCUGUGCCAAAAUAUUACCAGUCUCCCUGGAUAGAAGCCAUUAGGGAUGAUCCAGAACUGCUGGAAGCUUUAUAUCCUAAACUUUUUACACCUGAAGCAAAGCCGGAACUGCCUGACUACAGGAGCUUUAACAGAGUUGCCACACCCUUUGGUGGUUUUGAGAGAGCAUCAAAGCUGGUUAAAUUCAAGGUACCAGAUUAUAAUAUGCUGAUGCUAAACGAUCCCAGAUUCAUGAUCCUUGCAAACCCUCUUGCUGCCAGAAGAUCCUUCAACAGGACUCCCAAAGGAUGGACGUCCGAGAAUAUCCCUGUAGUGUUCAUUCAGCCUGCGGAAUCCAACGCCGUUCCAGAAACAGAGGACCUGUGAGAGAGGCUGCAUUCUGCAUGGUACAAAAUGCUGACAGCUGCACAUCCAUGUAUUUUUGGUCCAAAUAGUACUAAAGGCUACUGACAAAAUUUUUCCUUGGAAGCUGGAGUAUAACUAAUAAUGUGGAAUGCAGUGUCUCUUCUCUGGCACCCAGUUUCAUCUGUAAACAUGAGCUAAAUAAAGUAACUUGGUAAAUAUGACAGUGAUAUUUUCUAUUUGUGUUUACAUGUUCUUCUUUUACAUUCUGAAAUCUUUGCAUGUCAUUUAAGAACAAGUGUACCAAGAAAAAAGAAGUGACACCACUCUCAAGGGACUUGAUAGGUAAUCCAGGGAAAACAACCAAGCAAACCCUGCACUCAAUGCACCCCAUGUCCCAUCUGCUCGAGAUAAGCUCUGACAAAUCAACCUUCUUCCCAAACCCUGCCUUGGCCCAAGGUAAGAAUUGUGUCAUUCCUUCAGGGGCAGCAAGGUCAGGCCUUUUUUCCUCCUUUCUGACUCUUCCUCAGCUGCUGUGAUGCACAUCAGUGCCUGCGUCACCUGGAUUUGUUGACAGAAAACUCGGUAAAUUUGGCCAUGACAAGGAUUACGUACUGGGAUGAAAAAGUACAGAGGUAUUUCCUGGAUGUUUAGAAUGUUUGUAUUAUUCACAACUAAAAAGUCCAGCAAUUACUGGUUAUGUCAAGCGUACAAAAAUAGUAUCACCAAGCUCUGUUACCACAAAUACCUUUCUUGCUAGAAAGACAUUUCAUAGACCUUUCCCCCUACAUCUAUACUGGGACUUAAAGCAUGAGAGAGUCCUUGCUCUUGAUAUACUGACAAGGUCUGAUAUUUUAUAAAUACCAGUAUAUGU